CUUUAAGGGAGAGAGCUUCAACGAACCCAUCAUGGGGGAUUCUAAGCUCUGCCUGUUGUUGCUCCUCAGCACAUCUGCCUUGGCCUUUGCCCAAGAUGAAGAUCAGCCAACCUGCCUGCUGGCCAAACGGUACAAGACUCUGCACAAGUAUGUAUACCAGUAUGAAGCUGAGUCUUUGAAUGCCAUCACCGGAGCCUCACAGCUUAAGAACGGACCCAAAGGCGCUUGCACGGUUGAAAUUGAAGUACCUCAGACCUGUAGUUACAUCGUCCGCACCACUGGCUGUAGCCUGAGUGAGGUGGUCGACAUGGACGCAGAGGGCAACGCUGUGUUCGGUCCUGCUGCCGGCUCUGACGCCUUUGCUGCUGAAAUGGAGAGAUAUCCUCUGAAGGUUGUGGUUGAGGGUGUGCACGAUGUGAAACUGUACCCUGAAGACGGUGAGACAACAACCAUCCUGAACAUCAAGAGGGGUAUCAUCUCUGCCCUGGCUGUGCCUCUGCUGGAAGAGGAGAAGAACAAGAACAUGCCCACAAUCCACGGCAAGUGCAAGACCUUCUACACUGUCAAUGCAAGAGAGGACAUUGCAACUGACAUCAGCCUCACCAGGGAUCUGUCCAGAUGCGACAAAUUUGCUCCACUUAGAGCUUACACCAGCCCUCUGGCACUUAUCCGUGGCAUGAACUACCCUCUGUCCAAGCUGAUCACAAGCACACAGGACUGCAACUACAAGUUUGACAAUGAGAAGAAACAUAUGACCUCUGGCUCCUGCACUGAGAAACACAUCCUCAUUCCCUUCUCACACAAGGGAGAAUAUGGAGUUACCAAUGUUGGAAAGCAAGAACUGACUCUGGUUGAGGUUACUCCUUACAAUGAAAGAGUCUUUGAAACAAGUAACAUUGUCAAGGGUCUUCCCAUGGAGACUGUUGAGGACAAGAGUGUUAUCCAGGAUAAAGAUGCAGGUCUGAAACUCCUCGGAGAACUGGCCACUCUGCCUGAGAAUGAGAGUGACAGGAGGGCAGACCUCUUCCAAAAGCUGGUCACCAUCGUCCGUGGAAUGAAGACCGAGACCCUGAGUCCCGCCAUCCCUGAAGCCCUUGCCGUGUCCCGUGUCCUGACUUACCAGGUCCUCGCCCAGUGUGGAACCCCUGAGUGCAGCAGUGCCAUCAUGCAGAUCUUCAGGACUCUUGACACCUCUUCACUUGAGGUUGAUGCUGGUGUUUUUGCGAUGGGACUCGUCUCCAAUCCUUCUCCCCUGCUGAUCAAUGACAUGCUCGAGAUGGCCAAAUACAAGCCCAGCAAGCCCAUCAUGUAUGCCCUGAGCAAUGUUGUCAAGAGAUUCUACAAAGCUGAGGAAAGAAUUAUCCCUGAGAUACACUCUGUUGCUGAGUUCAUGGCUGCCCAAUUAGGAGACUGCACUGGUGACAAAGACACCACUUUCAUGACACUGAGGGUUAUUGGAAACAUGGCCGCAGCUGUUGGACCUGCCAGUCCUGCACUCAGAGCUGCUGUGAUCCAGUGUGUGAACCAACCUGAAGCUUCCCUGGCUGUGCAGGAGGCCGCCAUCCAAGCAUACAGACUCACCCCCGUACCUGCGGAGGGCAGAGAGGUUCUCAUUCAGGUGCUUUUGGACGGUGCUAGUCCCAUGCAAAAGCGUAUCGCUGCAUAUCUGGUUUUGAUGAAGGACCCAAUGCCCACUGAGCUGGAACAGCUGGCGGCUGCUUUGCCCAAUGAGCAGGACCAACAAGUCAAGAGCUUUGUGAUCUCUCAUGUGACCAACAUUUUGUCCUCAACUGAGCCAGAGACCCUUGAACUGAGACGUAGAAUUCUUGAUGCCCUGCAAGGCAACAAAAUUGGAACCACAAUGGAUCCCACCAAGUUUUCUCGCAACUACAAGAUCGGAUCUGUGGAGGGGAACAUGAUCUUUGAGGGUACCAGCUACCUACCGAAGGAGGUCAUGCUUGAAAUGACUCUGAAGGCCUUUGGAUAUGACAUUGACAUGAUGGAGAUUGGUAUGGAGGGCAAAGGCUUUGAGCCAACUGUUGAAGCCCUGUUUGGUGAGAAUGGAUUCUUCCCUGACAUUGCCCUGAAGACAAUGUACUUUGUCUCUGACAACAUGCCAUUCAGAGUCAAUGAGAUCCUUAAGAACAUGAUGCCUGCAUUGAAGAAGGACAGGAUGAAGAGACAGGCCACCCAGAACCUGAUGAGAGACAUUGGACGCAAUCUCAACAAACUUGUGAGGGAACUCCAGACAGCAGAGUCUCCUGAGGCAAUGGUUUAUCUGAGACUUUUGGGUAAUGAGCUGGGAUACCUGAAGACAAAUGAAAUGGAGGAGAUGGCUUACUCUGCCGUCAUGAUGAUUGACAGCAUGUUCAAGAUGUUCCCAACUGAUCUUGUGAAGGCAUUGAUGACCAAGUCUGACAACACAAUCUUUGCCCACUACAUCUUCAUGGACAAUGAGUUCUUCUUGCCUACUACCACUGGCGUGCCUCUGAGGAUUGCACUGUCUGGUACUUUCACCCCUGGCAUCAAGGGUGGACUCAAGAUUGCUCCUGACAUGAAUGAAAUUACCUUCAUGCCCUCUGCUGGCAUUGAGUUUGACACUAGGGUUGGUUCAUACAUCCCUGAAUAUGUCAAGUCUGGGUUAGAGAUGCACACCAGCAUAUUCCACGAGAGUGGUCUCAGUGCCAAGAUCUCCCUGGACCGUGACAAUGUCAAGCUGACCAUCCCUGCUCCAAUGCAUCCAAUGAAGCUCGUCAAAAUAACUAACAACUUGGUGGCAGUGACUGGAUCAGCAGAGUUGACCAUCCCUCCUACAGUGACGGACAAGGUUGAUGUCAGUGAGUGCACUCCCUUCUUCGCUGGAAUGAAAUACUGCACUGCUCUACAGUACACUGAUGCUUUCUCUCAAGAGACAACCCCCUACUUCCCCUUUACUGGAGACAGCAAAUUUGUCAUCGAACUACACCCAACUGGUGAAGUCACUGAGUAUACAGCUACCAUUGCCUACGAGCUCCUCAGGGAGGGAGAAGAGGGCCGGCAGAAGGUUGACUCACUAAAAUGUGUUCUGAGAGCUGAAGGUGCAGAGCCAACUGAAGCCACAGCAAUGAUGAAAUAUAACAGAAGGAAGAAUGUCAUCACAGCUGACAUCCAGAUCCCUGACUACGAUGUUGAGGCUGGACUUAGGCUGGGUGUUGUUGAUGGAAACACCAAGGGCAAAGGAACCCACUCCAUCUCUCUUGACUUAAUAAACAAGAACAUCCCUCAGUUGUCCCUGGUUGGCCGUGCCAAACUUAUGGCCAUGAAAGAAGGUAUGCUUCAAGUCCAACUUCUUGUUCCCUCAAUCAAUGCUGACGCCACUGUCACAGCAAACCUGAAACGUGAUGAAGAAAUGGAAUUGGGGCUCAAGAGUGAAAUCAAGGUCAUGGAUGCCACAUCUGAGCAGGAAAUAGCAAUGAAAUAUGAUGGCACCAAGAUUGAGGUUGAAGUCAAGUCUGAUGUGAACACUGAGACAACCAGCCUGCCAAAAGCAGACAUCAUUGACAAGUAUGGAAACCAGCUCCUUGACAUGCAGGUCGGGCAGACUGACAUGAAGGUCCGUCACAUCUUCGUGAAGUUUGUGGAGGCGGCAAACAACUACAUGGAACAGUAUGGUGCCGAUUUCCCUUACAUCCAGAACUUCAGAGUGCCUGAUAUGCCUGAGAUUUCCCUGCCAGAAAAACUGUACCUGAAUACUGAGGCGAAGGCCGUCUACUACUUCAACAAUGAGCGCUUCAUCAUUUCUGUCCCUCUUCCUCUUGGUGGAAAGUCAACAGAAGAGCUUAACUUCCCACCAGCCUUGACCACACCAACUGUCUCUCUGCCCCAGUUUGGACUGGAGAUUGUCUCUAUGGAAAUUCCUAUCCCAGAGCUUGUUGUCCCUGAGAGCCUUACUCUGGCUAUUCCUCUUUUUGGAAAAGCUGAAGUUUCAGCUCUGAUGAAGAGCAACCUUUACAACAUCGAGGCCUCAAUCGCUGCCGGAAAAGAUGUUGCGGAAACACCAAGCUACUCAGCUAAGUUUGGCCUGAAAGGAACCUCCCCACUCGACAUUCUCUCAGUAAAGAUUGACGGCUCUGGAAUGUUGGCCACUUCUGAUCCCAUCAAGGCUGAAUUGAAAAGCACUUUCGCCCAUAAAUUCAUUGAGGCUAGUAUUAAUAUUGUCGAAGAAGCCACCAUCACAGACAAAAUUAAUUUGAAAACCAGCAACAAGAUUGAAGUCACAAGCCCCCUCGGUCUCAAUAUUGUGCUAGGGCACACUGGUAUGGCAGGAAUCAACACUGAAGAAAUCUCUACUGAUAGCAACCUUGAAGGAAUGUUGAAGGUUGGACCCAUGUAUGGCAAGACCAUUUCAACCCAGUCAUUCACAAUCUCCCCAUUCAAGCCAGAGGCCAAGAUUGAUUCCACUGUUCAGAUUGACUCCACGAUUGUCAAGGCCCAGAACACCAUUGCAGCAACCCUUGCCAAUGGUGAACUGUCAGUGGUUUCCAACACCAAUGCCUUUGAAGACAUUCUGACCCAUGUUGCUGAGCUUUCCUUCAAAGAUAGCAAGCUGUCACUUAAAUGUGAUACAAAUGCCAUGCCUCUUGGCAUGAAAAUUCGCAAUCAGGCUGAGGCCUCUGCUGGUGCAGGCGAAAUCGUUCUGAGAAUUGAGACAAAUGCAGACUACACUGAAAACCGUGUUUACUCUCUAAUGACUGCUUCCCUGAAUAACAAUGGUCUGACCGUGAACAGUGAUGCCACCAUGAAGCUCCUUGAGAAUGAGGCUACUCACAAGGCUACUCUGACAAUGAACAAGGAUGGUUUGACAACAAGUGGAACCACAACCCUUCAGAGCCCCCUUACACUGGAAAACACCUUCAAUGCUGGGCUUGAUGCUUCAAAGGCUUCUCUGUCUAUAAUCAACAAGGCUGUUAUGCGUGACAUUAAGGUUGAUAAUGCCAACACUCUGACAAUUACACUCUCUAGCCUUGACUUCAACUCAAAGGCUGAAGCCACUGCAAGUGAAUAUGCUGCUUACACUCAUGAUAUCACCAUCGACCUGAAACCCUACACAGCUUCUGCAAAUGUCAACAACAACCUGAGACUUCUGACAGCCAACUUCAUCAAUGAGGCCCAGCUACAGGCAGAACUUUACAAAAUUGAUCUUACUGGUAGCCUGAAAGCUAUCUAUGGUGAGGAAGAGCUCAAGCACACAUAUCAGGUAAAUUAUGCUGAUAUGGCUGCAAUUGCAAAAUGCAGCACUACUGGAAAGUUCAUUGGAACACACAUGAACCAAAACACUGAGCUUGAAGUUAUAGGUCUUGCUGCCAGGAUUACCAAUGAUGCUCGCUUCAACUCACAGCCAAUGCGCUUUGACCACACCAUCCGUUGCAGUAUUAUUCCUUUUGAUUUCAACCUUGAUGCCAUCUUUAACGCUGAUGGAGACAUGACCAUGUAUGGAAAGCACAGUGCCCAGCUCUAUGGCAAGUUCCUCCUUAAAGCACAGCCCCUGGUAAUCGCUAGCUCACAUGAAAGCAGAGCAUCAUCCCAGCAGCUUGAUAAUGGCUUUUCCCUUGAGACAACCUUUGACAACAAGUUGGAUAAUGUUCUAUCACUCCAAGAGCAGAAGACCAGUUUCAGAAUGAAAUCAAAGGUCAAUGAGCAUGCUUUUAACCAGGACAUGAGUAUUUACAACACUGCUGAAAGAAUGGGAAUUGAGGUUUCCAGUGCCUUCCUCACAAACAUCCUCAACACUGACUCCACAGAGAACCAGGAAUUUGCCAUCUCAGGCUUCCUCAAGUAUGACAAGAACACAGACAGUCAUAUAAUUCAGUUCCCUCUUGUUGAAAAUCUGCCUGCCCUGUUGGAAAGCAUCAAGGGCUUUGUUGUGUAUGCUGGAGAGGCACUGCAAGGUUUCAUUAACAAUGAGGAGAUAAAGGAAAGACUUGAGGCUCUUCCACAAUAUUUAGAUGAAUUUGUUUCUCAACUGAAUAUAGAGGACAGGGUUAUUCAGAUGAAGCAGUAUUUAAGUGAUUUUUCACAAGAAUAUGUUAUCUCCAUGGAGGAUGUGGAAGCCUUGUUGAUAAAUCUCAAGGCAUCUUUUGAGAAAUUGCUGUCAGAUCUCAGUGUUUUCAUCCAACACUUUACUUCUAUGAUUAAGGAGAUUAUUGUCAGUGGCUCCCUACCUGAAACCCUUAUUCAGACAAUCCAGCAGCAGGUGAUUGCCUUUAAUGAGGAAUAUGACAUCAAGGCCAUGGUAGUGUACAUGAUUGAUACUGUCUCUGCGAUGAUCCAGCAGAUUGACCUGGAAAAACUGAAGGACAGCAGCAUUGCAUUCCUGAAUGAUAUUGAAGCCCAGUAUGAAAUCAAGGCUAAACUGCAGUCAGCAAUGGGUUCUAUGAAAGAAAGUCUGGAAGCCAUUGACGUGCAAGUAUUUGUUGCUGAGCUGACGAGUUACAUUUCAUCUCUUGAUCUUAAAGCUUGCAUUGAUAAACUGGUGAGUCAGAUUCCCACAGAGAUUUUCAGUGGUGUUACACAGAUUAUCACAGAAAUCAUUCAGGACCUUGACAUCCUAGGUAAGAUCAACACAUUCUAUGCCAAGAUGAGGGAGCUGAUGGUCAGGUUUGAGGCUGACAAAAAGGUUCAAGCUAUCUUGGAAAAGGUUGUGGAGCUCAUCAAGCAAUUCAAAAUUGAGGAAACCAUCAAGACUGUUACAAAAAUGGUAAAGGAUCUAAACAUUCCUAAACUAUUUAUGAAAGUCCUUCAGACCACCAUCAACUCCUUGAAAACAGCUGAUGUUCAGAAUAUGAUUCAACAACUAAACACAGUUAUUGAUAAAGUAGUGCAAGAUCUGAAUUCACUGGAUUAUAAUGAUUUUGUGAUAUCUGUCAAUGGUUUGAUCAGAUUCUUCACAGAUUGUGUGAAUGAGAUGAUCAGGAUUUUUGAAAUCCCGCAGAAACUUGAGGCAACAAAGGAUCUAGUCAACCUUUUCCUGUCCUCUGUUCAAGGCUUUAUGGAAAGUUUAAGAGAAAUCCGAGUUGCAGAGGUACUUAAAUCUUUUAAGGAUUUCAUUGACCAGGAUGUGCUUGUUAACCUUCAGGGAUUUGCUGAAUUUGUAAAGCAGGCAAUAACAAAUUUCGACGUCAAAGCUGAGAUCACAUCUUAUCUGGACCUUGUGAGCAAAUACUAUACAAAGGUCUUUACCAUCGUCUCUAACAUGUUCACUAAUAUAGUUGAGAUGAUAAAGACAGUGACACCUGAUCAAAAAAUCAUCAGCGAGAUUCAGCAAAUCAUUGAUGGGCUCUUUACUGAACUAAAGAAGCUUGAGUUGAACACGCCAUCUUUCAGCAUUCCAUUCACUGAUCUCAAUGUGCCUUCAGUGAAGUUCAGCAUGGAUAAACUUCAAGAGUUUGAAAUCCCAACACAGGUUGACAUUCCUGAGUUCACCAUCCUGGGCUCCUACACAGUACAAGCUGACACAAUUUCCAUUGAUGACAUCAAGCAGAGAAUAAUUGCCCUUCUUGAUUUCAUUGUAAACUUUGACAUCAAAAUGCUGGACAUGGAUGCUUUCUUUGGAGACCUGACUAUGAACUACCUUCCGUCCAUGCCAGAGAUAACCUUCCCAGAAAUAAUUCUUCCUCAGAUCUCAUUCCCUACUAUCCCACAAGUUCCUCUAGAAAAACUUGUCAAGUCUCUUCAGGUUCCUGAGAUCAAACUGCCAACCAUUCCAAGUGAGAUCAUGGUACCAUGCUUUGGUAAACUCUAUGGUGAAAUCAAAUUCAGCACUCCCGUCUACACAAUGAGGACAUCUGGUGAGUUCCAGAACUCAACUGAUAGCGAACUGACACCUACCUUCACUGGAUUCUUUUCAUCCCAGGGCACAUCUCCAAAUAUUGAAAUUCUUAAUUACAAUGUUGACUCCACUGCUCGUCUUGCAAUCCCAAAAAUGAGUCGUAUUGUUUUGGCAGAGACUCUUAAGCUGAGCCAUCUUCUUCUUGGAGUUGAUCAUCAAGCAUCUGUAACUCUCUAUGGCCUGUCAGCCCAGGCCCAAGCAAAAACCACUGUAAAGGUUACUACUUCACCUUACUCAGCUGAAUUUAUGAACACAGCCUUUAUUGCUAUGGAAGGAGGAAUGUCUGCCUCUAUUGAUACAACCUACACUCAUUUAGUGAACCUCCCAGUUUUUAAUGUCAGAAAUGAGGCCAAUGUAAACCAGAAGGCAGUUGCUCGUCUAGAUGGCUACACCCUGACUCUUACAGCAGACAAUUCCGGCACUGGCAAGUUAAAUGCUGAAGAUGGCACCCACAAGAGCAACUUGCAUUUGUCACUCACUCCCAGCAUUGUCACUCUUACCUUCUCUGGAGACACAGACUCUACUAUCUUAAAGAUGAAACAGCAAAUUACAGCAGAGUUAGGCACCUUCACCUACUUCAAGUUUGAUGUCCGCAAUGAGGCAGAGGCACCAGUUAUUAAAAACAGUCUUUUUGUUGCAUCUGGACAUGCCAACCUUUAUGACCUUAAAGUUGAGCUGAAAGCAAAUCAUGAUACAGAACUGUAUGGGCCAGUCAAUGGAGUCCUAUCCAAUGGAAUCAACAUUGUAGCCCGUCCUGUGGAGAUUGUCUUUGAAUUCCAAAACAAAGGAAAUGCCAGGGUCAACAUUUUUGAAACUCUUACUGCUAAGAUAGAUCUGCAGAAUGAUUACACUGCCAUCUUAAAACCUGAAAGCCAACAGAUUAACACAGUAGCUCUGGCUCGUCUAAAUCAGUACAAAAUGUCCUACAAUUUCACAGUUGACAAUAAUGAAAAUGAGGCUGGCAUCUUUGUUGCCUGUGAAAGUGAGGCAAAUCUUGAUUUCCUGACAUUCACCAUCAGCAUUCCUGAGCUUGACCUGCCUUUUGUCGAUAUCCAUACCCCAGCUAUCAGUGAUCUGAACUUAUAUGAGGAAACUGGAUUGAAGGACAUUUUGACUACCACUGAGCAGACUGUAGAUGUAGAUGCCAAAGUUGUAUACAAGAAGAGUCAUGCUGCCCCACUUGUUGAUAUGGGUCUUAUCCAGAUCCCCUCUGUGGGUAACCUGAUCGCAGAUCUGUCUUUCAAGUCUGCCAUCAUUAAUUUGAAUGCCAAUGCUGGACUGUUUGCUGAGGAUGAUAUUGUGUUCCGUCUGGGAGCUACCACAGCUUCUGUGUUUGAGAGUCUGAAAGCCAAACUUGAUGGCACCACCAGUCUCACCACAAAGAGAGGAAUCAAGCUGGCCAAUUCCCUGUCCCUUGAAAAUCAGCACAUUGAAGGAACUCAUGACAGCACAGUCAGUGUUAACACUGAGACCCUUGAAACUGCUGUGUCUGUGGCUACAGUCGCAAAGAUUGCUCUGCCCAUUCUCAACCUGGAAGCAAACCAAAAUCUGGUUGCAGACACCAAAACCAAAUUAAAUGCUGUGUCCACCUUGACAAUGAAGGGCAGUUGCAAUAUUCCAGUGAUAAAGGCUGUUGGAAAAGCAGAGGCGGACCACAAUCUGAAGUUGGAGGGAACCUUUGAGUAUGUUUCUGUGGAGUCAUCCACAAAGGCAAAUAUGGAUGGUACAGUACUUGAAGACUAUCUAGUUUUGGGAGUCCUUGAUAAUGAGGCUACUAUGUAUCUUAAUACCGAUGGCCUACGAUCCACUUUCAAGGUUAUCGCUGAUUCCAAGUUUAACCAUGGCACCACCAAAGUCAUUGGCAUGGAUGUAAAUGAGAGUCUUGAAGUUGAAGCCUCCCUUGGCCGUGUGUAUGCGGUACUGAAGUAUACUGGCAACAACGAGGCAAAUGUGUUCGACUUUAACACCAAUGGGAAGCACACUGUCCAGGCUACAGUUGAUCUUGCACCGAUCUCUUCAUUGACUGCUGAUAUUGAGAUUGAUUUGUCUCAGCCAACCAACCUUGGUGAAUUCACCAUCUUUGGGAAAACUGUUGCCGAAGUAACAGCUGCCAAGCAGAAGAUUUCAACAAAUGCCAAGUUUGUCAGCCCACUGUACACUACCAACCUGGCAGCUGAUGUAGAAGGUGAUGCUCCUGUCUUCAAAGUCACCAUGAAGUCAUCUGCCACCUCAGUGGUUUUGUUCUUGGAAUAUGACAUGGAUGCUUCAACCACUACGAGCUACGAGGAUGAAGCUCUGAGCUGGAUCAGCAAGCUUGUCCUGACACACGCUGACUUGACCAUGAAUGUAAACCAUGUUAUAAGCCAAGCCUUGAGCCAUACCCUGAAUGUGGACAUCACCAGUCCUACCUUCACUGAUAUGAACAUUCGUUAUGCUGCUCUCAGAGAUGGUAUCAGUGCUUCAGUUUCUAUCCCAUCAACUGGCUUCCUUGGCCUUAAGUUCAAUGGCAGAGUCCCAUCUCAGAUGAGUGCUAAAGUCUUUGGUCGUUAUCCUUCUGCUCCAGAGGUUGAUGUUGACAUCUUGGUCAUCACAUCAACUCCUCAAGAUGCUGAUAAGAUGAACCUGCAGAUUGCCUACAACAUGGAGGCACCCAAAGUAAUGCUCUCUGAAAUGAAGACGAGACUCCCUUCCAUCAUCGCUACAUUCACAAUGUUUGCAGACAAAUACCAAAUCACAAGCAGCAUUGAGACAUUAAAGAAUACAGUUGUUAACCGAAUUAGCGAGGCCUACGAUGCUGCAGUCAACUAUGAUGUUCAAAUGAGCCAACUAUCAAUCUUCUUUAGGAACAUUAUUGUCCAGUACCAACUUACUGUCCAGACCUUCCUGGAUGCUGUCAUCAAGUUCCUUAGAGAGACCCAGUUCAAACUGCCUGGGAGUGAUGAGAUGACCACUCUCCCUGAAGCCCUUAAGAAGCUUACUAGCAGCAUUGCCGCUAUGCUAGAAGUGACCAUCCAGAGUAUCUAUGAGAAUGUAGAGAUAUACCUUAAAUCCUUUGUUGAGAUGAUCAGUAAUGUCAAAGUACGCAUGCCAGUUGGUGAUGCGGUUACUGGAGGCCAGGUCUUGGAUCAGGUCAAAUCAGCUUACAAGCAAAUCUUUGAUGAACUGGUGGAUUUUGUGAAAAAUAUGGAAAGUCUUGACACAAUGCUUGUAAAGAUAGGUGAGACCCUUAAGGCUGUUGUUGAAAAAUCGCAGGAGUUUGUUGACUCUGUCAAGUCUGACUAUUUAGAUGCAGUGUUCAUUAACAUCAAUAUCGUCUAUCGUAACAUUGUCACAGUCUUUAAGACUGUUGUUGACCAGAUCUCUGCCCUAAAUUUUGAACAGCUCAACAAUUCAUUUGAAUACAUAAUGGACAUGUUCAUUUAUGUUGUGGACCAGUUUAACAGCACUGUCUACGGUUUAAUGCAGCAAGCUUCAGAGGAGACUCAAACCUACAUGAAAGUCAGUGAUGGUAGGAUUGAGAUUGUACUUCCAUUUCCCUUCCAACAGUGAGCAACCCUCACAGACUGAGGCCUAAGUCCAUAUGAAACACUACCAUCUGUUCAAAACACAUGCUUGAAAGCAGUAUGGACAAUUAGCUCUUUAACCAUAUUUAUAAUAGCAACCCCCACAUUUUAAUCCAGAUGGUUUAUUGUGUGCAAACAUUUAAAUGUAAUGUUCUAUUGAAAGGCAACUUCAUGUAAAUGGUGGAAAGCAUCAAUAAAAUACUUAAUAUAAUAUAUAA